UUUAGGCGUAUUGUCAAAACAUUGUCUUUUGUAUGGCGAUCCAAAAUGUCCGUGUGAAUAUUUUUCAGCUCCAGUCCAAAAAAUAGAAAUGUGAUACAAAUACAUCCGAGUAUUAAAUAUAUUUAAUUUGGAUUUCUAAAUUAUUGUGAAUAAUUGUGAGUAUAGAAUCGUCCAACGAUGAUGCAAAAAACCCGUCCGAUCGAAGCCUUCCAACAAGUUUUGAGUGCCUUCAAAUUAUUUGAGAAGAAAUUGGACAAGUUACAGGAUGACGUGAAUUCGCAUGGACAAACUUUAUCGGAUCUUCGGAAUCUGGUUUCAAACCUAGCCAUUGGAGUUGAUCCCAAGAUUCAACUGAAACUAGACGACAAGCGGCUUAAAAAGUCUAUGGCUGUACAAUACGACAAUCACCCAAAUAAGCAAUCGGAUGGUUUUAAAACAAAAAGAAAGAAUACCAUCCAGUCUCUCCCAUCAAAAUUGAAACCAAAAGGUUACCCUACUCCAACAAUAAUAGGGAUGAGACCACUUGUGGAGUCGCCAUUCGGUAGACAUGCAUCCAUGCCUAAAAUGAAGCACGCGCCCAGAUUAGGCAAGACAUCGUCUCUGCGGAAAGCUACAACUCUCAGAACCCAAAAAGGAAGAGAGAAAAGAGAAAUCAGGCUGAAAACUAAGACCAAAUAAUGACUUCUUAAUUGCAUGUCAAGCUCGAUUUUUUUAAAUGUAAAUUUAUAAAUUAUAUGGUGUAAAAGUAAAAAAAAAAUUGAGAGUAAAAUAAAUUACUUUUAUUUAUAUACCUAAAA